AUGCAUUAUAGGUCUAAAUCAGGAUCAUUGCGAGAAUUUCUCAAUGAUUACGAUAGCAUCAUAAACAAUACAAAUCAAGCAAUACAAUCAAAUGAACGAACUGCUGAAUCAGGUUAUCGAAGUGAAUCAACAACAUAUGAAGAAAGUUUUUCCACAACGCGUUAUUCCGAUUUUGCUACACCUGAACACAGUUUACCAGUAAAAAAUACAUCGUACAGUAGUAGUAAUCCAACGAUUACGGUUCAUUUCCCCGGUGAUUCAUCGAUUACUACCGAAACAACUAUUAGCAGUACUACAGCAAUUACAAAAGUUGCAAACGGUUCAAAAUUUCCGGAAAAUAAUAACACACCACGUGCCUCAGUUUCACCCGUUCCGUCAAUUAGUUCACCAAUUGUUUCAAAUACCGAAACGACAACGACAAAAUCAGGCGCUAUUGUCUCAGCAUUAACUCAACAAUUUGAAAUGAAUACAAGUAAGCAAUCAAUCGAUGAAUCCAUUUCAUCCCGUCCUAUCAGUGGUAAUCAAUGGAGCCCAAAG